CCCCCCCCCUCUUCCUCCUUUUUGCCAGCGUGUCUCGUCUCCCUUGCUCUCAUUGAGUGACAGACCAAGUUGAAGUCUCGUAUCCGUCAUCUGCUCCAGCGCAUUAUAGUAGAACCGUCCACCUCCCUCACUCAAGCCAGCGCCCUACAUCGCGCAGCCCAACCCGCCACAAUGUCCGACACCGCGGAUCACGCUCGGAAGAGCGAUGACGAGUCCACCUCGGUCGUGGUCGUCACGCCGGUCGAGACGGCGUCCGUCGCCGGUGACGACAAAGCCGGAGAGGACAAAGCUGAAGACGGAUCAUCUGAAUCCAGAUCAGACGCUGAUCAAGGUACGACUGGCAACGGGAGUCAUAUUCGUGCUGCAGACACCGCUGACGGCACCACCACCACCACUGCAGAGAGCGACAAGAAGCAGAUGGUGGGCCUCGUUGCGCAGAGCAAGGACCUCUACGCCAAGUUCGACAAGCACGGUAAUAGGUCCUGGACGGAAAAGAAGCCCGACGACCUGGAAGAGGCCGCGGAGAACGAGGAGACGGAGAAGUACGCCAUCAUUGUCCGCAAGCAAAAGCCGGAAGACGCAGACUCGCGCAAGCCUCUUGUCAUCGAUAGCAUCAUCGUCCAAUCGCCCUACCUGAGGUCCAUCUUGGACGACGUUUUGCACAACUACCCCGGAAUCCUCACCAACCUGUCGCGUCUCAAGCUUGCGGCCCCCUUCGAGUGCUUCGUCCACCGCUGGGACCGCUUCCAGGCUGCUCGGAACGACCCGACGCUCGAGGAGCCGGCCAAGGAGCACAUUGACCUCCUCUACGAGAUCAUGCAGGAGGAGCUCGGCGACGUCAUCCAGCUGCGCGAGGACUACUUCAAGAACAAGGCCGUGGCCUGGGAGCAUGCCUGGACGCUCUUCCCGCCCGAAUGCACCGUAUUCGGAUACAAGAACGGCAAGCCCGUGGCGGCCAGGUUCAAGCGCGGCCACUACGCGCAGACAAACUGCGGCAAGGUCUACGCCCUGCGAUGCCAGGUCAUCGACUGGGACGGAGUCAAGAUGGGCUGGGCCAGCCUCGACAUGCAGAUCCCGCAGUUCCCCGGCACCAUGCCCUUCUCCGACCUGCCCAGCUACCCGCUGCAGUACCACCCCCAGGCCGAGUCGAUGAAGGCCAUGCUCGUCGAGCGCGGCCGCAAGUUUGACAGCCUCGCGGGCUACUGCUACCGCUCGUACAAGGGCUCAGCCAUCUGGCACCCCGAGUCCAACAAGACGCGCUGGGAGACGGUGCAGUCGCGCAUCGUGGUCGACGGCGCGAAUUGGGAGAAGGAAAACUACGACCACGCGCUCUACCUGAGCGCCCUCCACAAGGGGACCGACGGCGGACGCUCUCGGCGCUACAGCUCCUCGACGGUGGGCAGCGACUACGACUCCGAUCUCGACGGCGGCGACGACGAGGCGCAACUCGCCAACCGGGUGCCCCUGACCGAAGAGCAGCAGCUCUUCACCAGCCCCAUGGUGCGAGGCUACUCGCUGCAGAACAAGCGGUGGAUGGAGUUCUACAUCGACCAGGUCAGCGAGGUGCAGUUCAACGAGCAGGCCUUCAGCUCGCUGGUCAUGGACGAGGAGAAGAAGGAGCUCAUCCUGGCCUUUGCGCAGAGCCAGGUCAAGUACAAGGACGCCUUCGACGACAUCAUCUCGGGCAAGGGCAAGGGCAUCAUCAUGCUGCUGUCGGGCGGGCCGGGCAUAGGCAAGACGCUGACGGCCGAGUCCGUGGCCGAGGAGAUGCGCGUGCCCCUCUACGCCAUGAGCGCCGGCGACCUAGGCAGCUCGGCCUACGACGUCGAGGCCAACCUGCGCAAGAUCCUCGACAUGGUGGCCGACUGGAACGCCGUGCUGCUGCUCGACGAGUGCGACGUCUUCCUCGAGGAGCGCACCCCGCAGGACAUGGAGCGCAACCGCAUCGUCGCCAUCUUCCUCCGCACCCUCGAGUACUACGAGGGCAUCCUGUUCCUCACCACCAACCGCGUCAAGAACAUGGACCCCGCCUUCCGGAGCCGCAUCCACGUCUCCCUCGAGUACCCGGACCUCGACCCGGCGGCUCGCGCGGCCGUCUGGCGCUCCUUCCUGGCCCGCACGGUCAGCCUCGUCGACGCCACCCUCCGCGGCGCCGACGCCCACGACGUGACGCCCCAGGAGGUUGAGCUGCUGAGCGGGCUGGAGCUCAACGGGCGCGUCAUCAAGAACGUCCUCAAGGCGGCGAACCUGCUGGCCUGUCAUAGGGAGGAGAAGCUGUCCUUUAAGCACCUGCGCAUCGUUUUGCGUGUCGAGGGACACUCAGUGUAGACUACAUGUACAUAAUGUACGUGACCUAGAAAGAUGAGAAGAGCGAGCGGACUCAUACACACGCUGCAGAUCCCAAUCGAGAGAGAGAGACAGAAAACCGUUUUGGUGUCUCUGCUGGAGCUCAGAUGUUGUUACAUUGUCUACAAGACACGAUCUAUAAUGUUCCAGUCAUGCCCGCCCGCGUGUCCGUGCACCAAUCCUGUCCUUGGCUCUCGUCCGAGAUCCUGUCGACUGGUGAAACAAUGCGCAUGAAGCCGUCAAUCCACCCCCACGCCCCAGCCGUCGAGCACAUGUAGGUUUCACCUGCACUUGUUGCGAAGGGGUGGGUGAAGACAUGCAAUGCAGCAGUAGUAGUACUCCCGUCCGCUGCAGGUGGUAAUAAUCUGCAAGAAGCAGCCCAGAAAAAAAAGAAAAAAAAAGACAGACCAGGGGUAACCUUGUCUGGUCUCAGGCUUGCGGACGUCGUUUCUGCACCUCGCCGCUAGGAAUACAUGUAGUUCGGAGAGUG